CACAUUCGUGUCGAAUCUGACGUGCCGGGCCGGAAGUAAAAAUACAUCCAGCCAUUGGAAAGCUAUCAUGGCAGCCACUCAAGGCUCCAAGGAACAAAAAUACGACAGACAACUGCGCCUGUGGGGUGACCAUGGACAAGAAGCUCUGGAGAAUGCACAUGUGUGUCUCAUCAAUGCCACGGCCACAGGAACAGAGAUCCUGAAGAACCUGGUGCUUCCAGGAAUUGGAGCUUUCACCAUAGUAGAUGGACACACAGUCGCCGGGGAAGAUGUGGGAAACAACUUUUUCCUCAGCAGCAAUAGCAUUGGAAAGAAUAGAGCUCAGGCUGCCACAGAGCUGCUACAAGAAUUGAACAGCGACGUGUCGGGAAACUUCGUCGAGGAGAGUCCUGACAAGCUUCUGGACAACGAUCCAGAGUUUUUCCACAGAUUUACAAUAGUCAUUGGUGUCCAGUUACCAGAAAGCACGUGUCUGAGGCUCGGCUCGGUUCUAUGGAGUGCCUCGGUACCUUUUCUAGUUUGUAAAACCUAUGGCCUCAUUGGCUACAUGAGACUAGUGGUGCAGGAGCACACAGUAAUUGAAUCUCAUCCAGACAACGCAUUGGAGGAUCUCAGAUUAGAUCAACCCUUUGAUGAGUUUAAGAACCACAUAAACUCCUAUGACCUCACAAGCAUGGACAAGAAGGAUCACAGUCACACACCGUGGAUUAUCAUUGUUGCUAAAUACCUGGAUAGAUGGCUCAGUGAGCAUGAUGGCCAGCCACCAAAAAAUUACAAGGAGAAGGAGACCUUCAGACAGAUGAUUCGGGAAGGGGUCUUAAAAAACGAUAACGGUGUUCCAGAGGAUGAAGAAAACUUUGACGAAGCCAUUAAGAAUGUCAACACUGCGUUAAAUCAAACCAAGAUUCCAAAUGCUGUUGAAGAUCUCUUCAGUAGUGAGCAGUGUAACAACAUCACAGCACAGACCUCGUCCUUCUGGGUGAUGCUGCGAGCCGUGAGAGAGUUUGUUCACAACGAAGGCAACGGCAGCCUUCCCGUGCGAGGCAGCAUCCCAGACAUGAUAGCAGACUCCCAGAAGUUUAUCAAUCUCCAAAACGUUUACAGGGAAAAGGCCAUGCAGGAUGCAGCAGCUGUUUCUAAGCAUGUUGAAAGUCUGUUACAGUCUGUCGGAAAGCCUGCGGAGAGCAUUUCUGAAAAAGACAUCAAGCUGUUCUGUAAAAAUGCAGCCUUCUUGCGUGUUGUGCGUUGCCGGUCUUUGGCUGAAGAAUAUCACGUGGAUUCAGUAAAUAAAGAUGAAAUAACUUCCUGCAUGGACAGUCCAGACAGCGAGAUCGUCUUCUACCUCAUGCUCCGUGCUGUGGAUCGCUUCUAUCAUCUGCAUUCGCGCUACCCGGGAGUGUAUAACUACCAGGUGGAGGAGGACAUCAGCAAGCUAAAGCUGUGUGUGAACAGCCUGCUGCAGGAGUACAGCCUCAACGUCAACAUCAAAGAUGACUACAUCCACGAGUUCUGUCGGUAUGGCGCAGCAGAGCCUCACACAGUUUCUGCGUUCUUAGGAGGAUCAGCAGCUCAAGAGGCAAUCAAGAUAAUCAGCCACCAGUUUGUGCCCUUCAACAACACUUUCAUUUAUAACGCCAUGUCACAGACCUCUGCCACGUUUGAGCUGUGAAUGCCGGCGGUAGCCAAUCCUCGGCGGGCUAGCGGAAACGUCUGAGAAAACGGCAGAAAGGACGGACCUGUCGGGAAUAUGGUGUCGAUCCUUCUUGUGGGGAAGAAGAGCAGAAACUCAGCACCUGAUGAAGAUUUUCCUAACACCCCCUCCAGGGUCUCCUCUGUCCUGAGGAGAUCCUUAUACAAGCCUGAAAGUGGCAGUCCGUUAGUUAAGGUUGUUUUUUUUCCACCUUUGUCGAUAUAUUACAGUCAUUACAGCACUUUUGUCCCGACUGUUUGUCAUUGUGUUUUGCUGUAAAGGAUUCCAAAAAUAUGCUCGAGUGUGUUUUUUUUUUUUUUCUUCAAUACUGUCGACCUCAGUUUAGCUGCUGCUUUUAAGUAAGAUAAGUGAUCAUUACAUGUUUCAUUUGUUUUUACGAAGGAUUUUUGCAAAGGAUGUAUAAUCCAGUUGAUUGCAUCGGUGAUAAGCGUCACUAAAUCCAUCACUCAACUAUCCCAAUAUGUAGAGCUCUUUUCAUAUGGUACCUAGCGUGCUCCACGGAGGUUUGUAACAAAGGAACGAGCAAACAAUCACCAGAAAAUGCUUAAACUAAGAUAAUGAAAUUCUAAAACACUAAAAAAAUUUCUUCAAAAACAAAGAUAAAACAUGAAAUUACAUUUAAUCUAAGAUAAAAUAGUUAUUCUUUUGUUUGGCAUUAGGGGGAGCUCUUUUACCACUUAGGGGUCAACAUGUGGUUUCUAAGCUCUACAGCCCUGACCAGAAACUAUAAAAUUCUGAAGUUAUCAACGGCAGAAAUUUCUCAUGCAAAUCCUUAACUCAAAUUGCGCUUGGGUUGUUUUUUUUGUUUUUUUUGCUUUUUUAAGGAGAGGCUGUGAGAUGAAGAGGGCAGGGAUCUUUCAGAAUGAGCGUCUUCAGAAGUUAGUUGCAAUGUAGCUGAAGGAGAAAAGUUUUUUGGGGUUUUUUGCUGCAUUUUUUUCAAAAAAAAUUUUUUUUGUCAAAUCUAACUAAAUGUUAAUAUGGCCUCAGAGGACCUCAUCAUCCCCUCAAAUGCCUAUCUGUCGGAGAUUUUCUAAUACCCACACCCGCUGUUCCGUCUGACUGCAGGGGAUCAAGCUGGAGGCCAAAAUGUACUCUGGCAAUUUCCUAAAUCUAAGAUUUUGUCCUCUGGCCCCUAAAAGAUUAUUGCGUCCCUGUCGAUCUAUCUGCUUCAUGUAGGAUUAUAAUGCAGCUGUGCCAGGUUCAUCAGCCCAAAACUGGAUCUCUCACUUGUUUGAAGUCAAACUUUGCAUACACUUAUAUUUUUUUCUUAACUUUACAUUAGUAUAGUUUUCAGAUAAAUCUUUCUUCUAAUUCAAAAUGUCAAAGGUUAUUAAACACAGGAUCCGAUGAAUAUUUAAGUUUUGAUUCUGUUGUUUCUUCCUGGGGGAAAAAAUGAGGGGGUGAGAUUUCAAAUGUUUAGCAUGUCACAGUUUAAUUCCCAAGUGCAAACCUUCCAUUUUAAUUCAGUAUUGGCUAAAAAGUGUUGUUCUGUAUUUGCUUUAUACUGAGAGUCCUGUGAGGUUUUUGCGUGCUUCCUUGUGACCCAACACCCACACUUACAGUUGGUUGUUGAUAAGAGAUAACACGGCAAGAAACAGCCCAAAGGAGACCUUUUUCACAUGCAAUGCUUCUGCUGCUCUUCUGUUUGGUCAUUUUAAAAAUAUGUAUCUUUCUAGGUACUCAUUGAAAAACAAGUUCAAGCACUGUGUAAAAGAGUUUUUCCCCAUCACUGGAGAGAAAUAAAUACAAAAUUGUU